AUGGGCCAGAUUGAGAAGGGCGGUACGAGGGUGAGACUUGGCAUUGAUGUUUUGGAACAUCAAAGAUGGACAGGGUUUUCGCGGAGGUCACUCCUCAGAUAUCUCCACAACUACAGGUCGGGGAUCUUCCAAAAUCAAGAAGAUUGGUGCAUAUGGCUAGGUCACUUCACCUUACAAUUUGUAUGGCACUCUGGCCCGGGGUUGUGGUGUGGUAGGGGAGAACGGGGGAUAAUCCCACACAGGAGUUUCGAACAACAUCCAGUUCACAUUUGGCUGGAUAACUCCACCACCACACAGGGUAUGCGGUCGGCGAUGGGGUCAGAAUGCUCGUAUGAUCGAGGGCUUUUCAAUGGAUCUAUCGGCGGGUUCUUAUUCGAAAAAUCGAGCGAGUUCGUGGUGGAGCGGUUUUGGCUUGUGAUCAGCGGGCGUAUGCCUGUAAUUGUAUGCUGA